AUGGACGACGGCGGGAUCCAGGAGGAGCCGCCGUCGGCGCGGCGCCUCACGCCCAAGCGCUCGGGGGGCGGCUCGCGGUGGGUGGACGCCAGCGAAGUCGACUCCUCCGAGUCCGCGCGGUGGUCGCUCGACGAGGAGCGCUCGCUCCGGGGGCUCUCCACCGCCGACGAGGCAGAGGCCGAGGCAGAGGCCGAGAUAGAGUUCGUGAUGCCCUCCGAGGCAGACAUGGCCGCGGGGGCGUUGUCGCGCAAGUCCUCCUCCGGCGGGUUCAGGCGGAGGCUGGGGAAGCGGGCCAAGAGGGUGGACUCUCUCUACGUCGAGGCCAUGAACGUGCAGGGCGCGCAUGGCCACAGCGACCAGGAUAUAUCGCUACUGAGCACUGUUGCGAUGGCAUUUCAAACCCUUGGAGUUGUUUACGGUGAUAUGGGUACAAGCCCUCUGUAUGUCUUCAGCGACGUGUUCAGCAAAGUCCCAAUCAAGUCAGAGGUGGAGAUCCUGGGGGCACUUUCGCUGGUCAUGUACACGAUCGCGCUGAUCCCUUUUGUGAAAUAUGUAUUUAUAGUGCUCAAAGCUAAUGACAAUGGCGAAGGGGGCACAUUUGCAUUAUAUUCGUUGAUUUGCAGGUAUGCAAAAGUUAGUCUGUUACCGAAUCAGCAGCGUGUGGAUGAAGAUAUCUCGAGUUUUAGACUCAAGUUACCUACUCCUGAGCUCCAACGGGCUCUAUCUGUCAAAGAGUGCCUAGAAAAGAAGCCGCUCUUCAAAAACAUUCUGCUUUUCUUGGUUCUGAUGGGGACUUCCAUGGUAAUUGGAGAUGGAAUCCUCACUCCAUCAAUGUCAGUUAUGUCUGCUGUCAGUGGUCUCCAGGGUCAAGUUGCUGGAUUUGACACAGAUGCUGUUGUAAUUGUUUCAAUCCUAGUUCUUCUGCUGUUGUUCAGCGUCCAGAGGUUUGGAACUGGCAAAGUUGGGUUCAUGUUUGCCCCUGUUUUGGCUUUGUGGUUUCUUAAUUUGAGCUCACUGGGAAUAUACAACAUAAUUAAGUAUGAACCGUCAGUUGUGAAAGCAUUCAAUCCAAUGUACAUCUAUUUAUUUUUCAAGAUGAACGGCACAAAGGCAUGGUCAGCUCUUGGUGGUUGUGUCUUGUGCAUCACAGGAGCUGAAGCCAUGUUUGCUGAUCUGGGCCAUUUCACUGUCAAAUCAAUACAGGUAGCAUUUACUGCUGUGGUAUUCCCUUGCCUGCUUAUUGCUUACAUGGGCCAAGCUGCUUAUUUGAUGAAAUAUCCACUUGCAGCGGACAGAAUAUUUUAUGAUUCUGUACCAGAAGUUCUGUUCUGGCCAGUAUUUGUGAUUGCCACACUUGCUGCAAUGAUUGCCAGCCAAGCUAUGAUAUCUGCAACUUUCUCUUGCAUAAAGCAGGCCAUGGCUCUUGGUUGCUUUCCUAGGAUCAAAAUAAUCCAUACCUCCAAGAAAGUCAUGGGGCAGAUUUAUAUACCUGUAAUGAAUUGGUUUCUCAUGGUCAUGUGUAUCAUCAUAGUGGCCACUUUCAGGAGUACUAAUGAUAUCGCCAAUGCAUAUGGCAUUGCUGAAGUUGGAGUCAUGAUGGUUAGCACUGCGUUGGUGACCUUGGUGAUGCUUCUUAUAUGGCAAACAAACUUGGUCUUUGUCCUGUGCUUCUUUAUUUUCUUUGGUGCAAUGGAGUUUGUUUACCUAACUGCUGUUAUGUCAAAGUUACUAGAAGGAGGAUGGUUACCACUUGCAUUCUCAUCGUUGUUUCUCUGCAUAAUGUACACAUGGAACUACGGAAGCGUGCUCAAGUACCAGAGUGAGAUGCGUGGGAAGAUAUCCCUGGACUUUAUUCUUGACCUGGGAUCAACACUUGGCACAGUAAGAGUUCCGGGUAUUGGACUUGUGUACAAUGAGCUGGUUCAGGGAAUCCCAUCAAUCUUUGGCCAACUGUUGGUCACACUGCCAGCAAUGCACUCCACGAUCGUCUUUGUUUGCAUCAAGUACGUCCCUGUCCCAUAUGUGCCGCUUGAAGAAAGGUUCUUGUUCAGAAGGGUUGGCCACAAGGACUACCACAUGUUCCGGUGUGUUGCACGGUAUGGUUACAAGGAUGUCAGGAAAGAGGACCAUUGCUUCUUUGAGCAUCUUUUGGUUGAAAGCCUGGAGAAAUUUCUGAGGAGGGAAGCCCAGGAAAUCGCGCUUGAGGUGAGCACAAUGGAGGUAGAGCGUGAUGACGUGUCUGAUGUUUCUGAGAUACCUCCAUCACAUGCUACUGCUGCUGGGGAUCUGCACGUUCCGCUGCUUUCUGAUCAGAGAUUGGUUGAUGACAAUCGAAUGUUGGGCACUGAUGGCAGCGUUCCUCUGCUUCCCUCUAGCUCCAUCUCACCAGAAGAAGACCCUAGCUUAGAGUAUGAGCUUACGGCGUUGAGAGAAGCCAUGGCAUCCGGGUUCACAUAUCUGUUAGCACAUGGCGAUGUGAGGGCGAGGAAGCAAUCAUUCUUCACAAAGAAGUUCAUCAUCAACUAUUUCUAUGCUUUCCUCAGGAGAAAUUGCAGGGUUGGCACCGCAACCCUGAAGGUCCCCCACUCGAACAUCAUGCGUGUCGGCAUGACGUACAUGGUUUGAUCAGGACUCUGCUACGAUCGUGCUGCAAGAGUGAACCAUGUUUUUUUCACAUCUCUCAUGGAGUGCUACAUCAGAUGGUAGUUUAGGGAUUGUACCACCGUUAGUGAACAAAGUCACUGCAGCUGGCCAACUGCUCAGCAUUUUAGUUGCAGAAUUGGCCUUAUGUGUACUCGGUUUUUUUGGAAGCUUUGGUCAACUCUUGUUCACUUAUCUGUAUGCUAUCCAUGGGGAGUUGUAUUUGUAAGAAGAGCAAUCUAAUCUUAUGCAAUCAACCUUACCACUUGCCACAAUUGCAAUCUGAUUGUAAGGAGAGAAAAAAGGUAGUGGUAUGCACCUGAAAUCUGACUAUUUGUUAAA